GUGCAUUUUCAGUUCAUGUUUGGGGUUAGGAGGCAGCUUCAUUAAUUUUUGCACAUUCCAAUUUGAACAAUAAAUAAAUAAUGAAGAUCGAAGAAGUAAAAAGUACUGUCAAAACUCAGAGAAUAUCAUCUCAUAGUCACAUCAAAGGAUUAGGUCUUGAUGAAAAUGGAAUUCCAAUUCAAAUGGCUUCCGGCUUGGUUGGUCAAGAAAACGCUAGGGAGGCUGCUGGCAUUGUUGUCGACAUGAUAAAGUCAAAGAAAAUGGCGGGCAGAGCCAUUUUGAUGGCGGGUCCGCCAGGAACCGGAAAAACAGCCAUCGCUCUUGCUAUAGCUCAGGAGUUGGGAAGCAAGGUGCCGUUCUGUCCAAUGGUAGGCUCGGAAGUGUUCAGUUCGGAAAUAAAGAAAACGGAAGUGCUGAUGGAGAACUUUCGACGCGCAAUCGGUCUGCGCAUCAAGGAGACCAAAGAGGUCUACGAAGGAGAGGUCACUGAACUCACGCCUAUCGAAACUGAGAAUCCUAUGGGCGGUUACGGCAAGACAGUAUCCCACGUGAUAAUCGGACUGAAGACGGCGAAAGGCACGAAGCAACUGAAGCUUGACCCGAGCAUCUACGAGUCACUCAGCAAAGAGAAGGUGGAGCCGGGUGAUGUGAUCUACAUAGAGGCGAACAGUGGCGCAGUCAAGCGGCAGGGACGUAGUGACACUUUUGCCACAGAGUUCGAUCUUGAGGCAGAGGAGUACGUGCCGCUACCAAAAGGUGACGUGCACAAGAAGAAGGAGGUGAUUCAGGACGUGACCUUGCAUGACCUUGAUGUGGCCAAUGCGCGCCCGCAGGGAGGUCACGACAUUCUCUCCAUGAUGGGCCAACUCAUGAAGUCCAAGAAGACCGAGAUCACUGAUAAACUGCGUAAAGAGAUCAACAAGGUUGUGAACAAGUACAUAGACGAUGGCGUUGCUGAGCUGGUGCCCGGGGUGUUGUUCAUAGACGAGGUGCAUAUGUUGGACAUUGAGACGUUCACCUACCUGCACCGUGCGCUGGAGUCGGCCAUUGCACCCAUUGUGAUAUUCGCCACCAACAGGGGCCGGUCGCUUGUCAGAGGCACAGAAGACAUCUAUUCGCCGCACGGCAUUCCGCUCGACCUGUUGGACCGUUUGCUGAUAAUUCGCACGCUGCAGUACUCGCGGCCCGAAAUGGAGCAGAUUCUCAAGCUGCGCGCGCACACUGAGGGUCUCUCAGUCGACAAUGACGCACUGGCACUGCUCGGCGAAGUGGGCGCCAGGACCACGCUCAGGUAUGCCGUGCAAUUGCUCACUCCGUCUUCGCUGACGGCGCGUGUGAAUGGUCGCUCUGUCAUCUCCAAGGAGGACGUACAGGAGGUCGGCCAACUCUUCCUUGAUGCCAAGUCAUCGGCGCGAAUCCUCACCCAAUACAAGGACAAGUUUAUGGUCUAGACAACCUACUGUGGCCUGUCUAGAGGAACACAGUACGAUCUUUACAGUGUGGACAACAAAGUGUAUUAUAUAAUAAAGUCUGGACAACCAACUGGACUAGAUAGUAUCAUAGAUGCAAGAUAGUUUAAGAAGAUAUCCCAUGGUAUAGGUCGUUUAUGUCCCAAAUUUUAAGUCGAUUUUUUGUUAACUCAAGCCGAUUACUGUCGACUACACUGUGUAUUAUCACUGUUUUGUUUAACCCAACCUAACCUAACCUAACCUAACCUAACCUAUCACUGUUUUGUUGGGGUGAGAGUGUAAGAACGGCACAUAAUUAUACACAGUACGAUCUUUACAGUGUGGACAACAAAGUGUAUUAUAUAAUUAAGUCUGGACAACCAACUGGACUAGAUAGUAGCAUAGAUAAAAUAUAGUUUAAGAAGAUAAUCCAUGGUAUAGGUCGUUUAUGUCCCAAAUUUCAAGCCGAUUACUGUCGACUACUGCUAAU